GUUGCUUAGGGGCCUCACCUCAGACUCCUUCCGGGUUCCUGGCUCUGUUCCACUGUGAUCUCCCUGAGGCCAUCCUUCCACAAUUCCAAAGGCACCCGAGUUUCUCUAGGAUAAGCCAUUCGGAACCCAUUGGCAUUCAGUCUUCCAGGAGGCUGGCUGCACUGGGGAGCCUGCCCCUGAGCCCUGGGCCACACCUCCACAUGGGCAAGGCUUGGUGUAUGCCAAGCCUCCAGAAGCAGGUGUCUCUUAGGCUGUCCGGGCUGCUCUAAAUAAUCGACCACAGAACCACAGACUGGGUAGGUUGUGAACAACAGACAUUUAUUUCUCACAGCUCUGGAGGCUGAGAAGUCCAAGAUCAUGGUGCUGGCAGGUGAGAGAGGUUGCAGGAGGCACCUUCUCGCUGGCUUCUUACGGUGGAAGGGGCAAAAGCACACUCUGGGUCUCUCUUUAAGGGUUCUGCCCUCAAGACCACAGGUCCCCCUCCAGGCCCCUCCUCUCAGCACUGUCACCUUGAGUUGGGACUUCAUGCCACAGCAAGAAGGAAGCAGCAGGUGUGGAGCCUCCUGCCACAGAUGUCCUAGCACCCAGGCCAGGCUGACCACCAUUCCCCCUUUGCUCCGCAGCCCCCAGUCUGAGCCCAGAGCUCCAAGCCAGACCCUCAGGCUUCCUGACCGAGCGCAAUGCUGAGAGGGUACCCGGCAUGCCAGCUCCACUCAGAUUCCACAGUGGCCCCCCGCCCACCUGGCCGCAGGAGACGCGAGGGUGCACCUAUAGCUUCCCAGGGCCUGUGCGGCUCCCGCAGAUGGCUGGCCCUGCGGAGCAAACUGCAGAAGGCUCCCGCCGACUGUCCUGCUCAGGCCAGAUCUACGGUGUGGGCCUCAAGGCAAACGCAGAGGUGGCGCCAAACCUCAGGGCUACAAGCGAGGACACCCUGCUCUCCGGCCCUUCAGGACCAACUUCUGGAAUAGCUGGUUCCUCAUCCCGAGAUGGGCCCCACCAAGGUCAGAGCCUGUUCAGGUCACACCCUUAGCACCGUCUCUAUGUGGCUCAUCUGGUCCCACGUCUGGCCGCCCCUACUGUGGGACAGGAAGCAGCCCUUCGACUGAGUCCCCGGGUGAGGACAGGAGUGCUGGCUGGCAUUACCUGUGAGUCAUCUGGGCAGGGCCAGAGCUGCAGCAGCAAGGCCCACCCCCCAUACCCUGGCCAAGAUGGCCUCCUCUCUGCUUGAAGAGCGUGAUCUUGGGUGGAACAGACACGGCCAUGAGCUCACAGCCUGCUCUGCAAGGGAAGCCCAAGCUGACCUGCCCGCUCUGCAAGGCGCCUCGGGAGAGGUUUUGUUUUCUACACCCGUCCUUACCAUGCCUAACCAAGAGGUGGGAUGCCCUGUCCCUUUUUGGCAGCAGUAACAGUAAUCUGUCACACCUCA